AUGGCUCACUACCAAGUUACUAUCCAUGGGAUUGCUAUCAGCAUCCCAGACAAGCACUCUGCCCAAGCAGAAGCUCUUGCCGCUGGUUUUCCGCUCAAGAAUUCGUCACCCGAAAUCGAGACUGUUGCACGCUUUGUCAACUAUGCUGCAACCAAGAACACCGAUGUCGCUGUCGCUGCCUUCCAGUACCUUCACCAGAAGUACUGCUCGAUUGACAACAUCCAUGUUGUUGUCCAGCAGCUCAAACUCACGACCGAGCAAGCCCAGUCUGUCAUCAAAGGAUACUACUCGGUCUGGGAUGUGCUUGAAUCACGUGAAAUGCUGCCUGAUGUCCCUUGUCCCGCGCUCUUUACCGACGACAGGGUGAAACUAACUGCCAUGUUUGGCGGCUACGGCGGCAUGGACAACUAUCUGGACGAGGCUGUCUGGCUUCUUGACGUCUAUCGCCCACUUCUUGCCGACUUUGUCGCUGAGAUGGCUGAAUUCCUGCUGGUCACCACGCAGGAUUCGCCUUUCACACGUGUUUACACUCGGCCGAUAGACUUCAUGAGCUGGCUUCUUCAUCCCCGAGUCGCGUCCGAGUAUGGAGCUUCUCUCCGCUGUCUAUAUUGCGUCGCCAAUCCUAGCUCUAAUCCAGCAGAUGCACCUGAUGGUCUUGUGUCAUAUCUCAUAGCCAAGGCAUUGGCUGUCGCGGCCAUGUUUCCGAUGCUGACUGAUGAAAAGUCCUUUUACGUUCAAACAAAGAAGAUAAUGGGCGGUCAUAUCUCAGGUGGCUAUAGCAUGCAGCUCGAAGUACCCCUCGAUGUGCUAGAUGCUGGUACGGCAGCUAGCUGCAUUCCGUCUGAUGGCAAGCCAUCACCUAUGGUGUCUAUCCGUGGUGUUCCUCUUCCGGCGCUUGGGAAACUGAUUUCUCAGUUCAAUUCAUGCUGCCUAUCGCCCACUGAUCACGUCUACCUGGCGCUCAUCAACGCUUUUGACCUAUUUGUCGUCACUGGCCGUCUGACGGUUGUCACACAGUUUGUUCAGUUCCUCCGCCAGCGUUGUGCGGAGCCCAGUGCUGACCAGUCGAACAUCCCGUUCUCUCAGCGCAAGCCGGUGGCGGAUAUCAGCUACGUGAACUCCAGUGUCGUCACCCACUGCCGUCUCUUACAAACCACUGGAGAUUGGCUUCCCGGGUUUGUCCGUUGAAAGAGACUGGUCUUACAGCUGUGGCAAUAAUCAAGUCAUUCCUCCCGUCAAAGUCAAUGGCAUUGACAUUUCAACUGGUGUCGAUCUCGAUAGAGAUGGUGGCGCAAGUCAUUUUCACUCGUUGUCUUUGACUGGCCGUCG